CCCGUGUUCUAACUUCACUCAAUCUCUCUCUCUCUCUCUCACUCCUAAAAUGUCUGAUAUCGCUUUUAACAAACGCAAAUACGAUGGCCAGGCGGAGUCGCCCCCGGCCACUCGAAGGACCGGUUUCUCCGCUCCGAUCGCGCCUCACUCUCCGUACUCGGCUCCUCCUUCCUACAACGCCGUCGCUCCUCCCAUCGAAGGCAAGCAGCUCGCCCAGGAAGUCGCAGAGAAAGGCGCUUCUGGAUUCAAUUCUCACGAGUCUGGCUUCAGCUCCAUUCCUCCUGAUGUGAAGCCACACACAAUGAGUAAGAAGUUCGGUAUUCCAAAAGGAAGAGUUGGUCAUAUUAUUGGGAAAGAUGGGGAGACCAUCGGAAAUCUUCAAACUCAGUCUGGAACUAAGAUACAGAUCACUCAGGAGGAUAUGAAUGCAGACCCCAAUUCUGUCACCCUAACUAGGUUGGUGGAGCUCAUGGGUACCCCGGAACAGAUUGCCAAGGCUGAGCAGUUGAUAAUUGACCUUCUUGCUAAGAUGGCUUAUCAAAGUUCGACUGGAUGGUCUAAGCGUGUUGUUUUUGGAAUGAAAAUACGAAAUAACAAGAAUCGUGUUAAAAAUCCUUCAAUGGUUGGAUGUUACCCUCAGCAAGGUUACCAAGCACGGCCUCCUACAGGCUGGGGCACACUUAGGGCUCUCCCCUUUCAACAACCAGGUUAUGGCUAUGUGCAGGUAUAUCCAAGCCCAUCUCCCCAGUAUAACAUGUCUCAGCCUCCUUAUUCAGGCUAUCCUCCUCAACUUGCGUCUGGUGGAUAUGCCUCCAAUUGGGACCAGUCAGCUGUCCCACCAUCUCAACAGACUUCUCAGCGAGGUGGUAAUGAUUAUUACAGUCAACAACCACAUUCACAGCAACAGCAAACCCCUGGUGGUCCUGCAGCUCUGGCAGAUAACUCUGGUUAUUGUUAUGGUCAACAACAACCUUCAAGCUAUAAUCAACAGGGACAGGGUUAUACUCAAGAUGGCUAUGGAAGGUAUCAGGCACAACCUCAAUCUGGAUAUAGCCAACCACCAUCAUAUGAUCAGCAACAGGGGUAUGCUUCUGCUCCUACCUAUGGGAAUGUGACUAGUCCAACACAAGGCGGGCACACUCCCUCCUAUGGUUCCCAGGGGUAUUCGACCCAGGCUCCACCUGUCCAGCCUUCUUCUAUGGGCCAGCAAGGAUACACUGGAUAUGGGCCUGGCUAUGGAGCACCUCAAGCUCAGAAACCUCUUGCGAAUCCCCCGGUUUAUGGGCAGCCUAUGCAGUCACUUGGUGGCACCCCUGGAGGCUAUGGCCAGCUUGUCCCUGUGCAGCCAGGAUAUCCCCAUUCUCAGCCACCAGCUACUAGUUAUGCUCAGCUAGAUUAUGGUUUGCAACGUGCCCCGCCAUCCAAUUAUGGUGCUGUAGUUGGUCAGCCAGGUCAUGCAAAGAGAGAACAUCAGUUGUGAGCCUGAGUAGCAAGAGUACAUCUAAAUCUAAUAUGAAUGAAAAGGCAUCAAUGUUAGGGUUGCAAAGAGAACAUGCUUUUUGAGCAAACUAGGAAUAGGAUAUAUAUCAUGAUCUUUCAUCAAAACAAUUUUUGAGACAAGUAGAAAAUUGCAAGCAAUAUCAUCAUAUUAAAAUCAAUCAAUUUAUAUAUAUUUGCUACACUGUAGCAGCUUUAUAGCA